AUGAAUCUACAGAACUACACGGCACUGGCCGCCCGACGGAUUACUGAAGACGUGCAUGCGCUGAUUCCACAAUCAGAACGCGCCAGAGAGGCGUCAGCUAUGGACUUACGAGCAACUGCAGCGAAGGUCAAGACGGGCAAAGGCCAUUUGAAUCUCAACAGGAACCUGCAGACCCUUCUGGCAAACUCACCCACUUCACUCAAACGCGCACAGAGUAUAACCUCGGUGGGUUCAAAG